AUGACGAGCAAACAGGGGGCUCAACAAGUGAGAAAUUGGCACAAAAAAAGGACCGCAAAACAAUGGCUUUUUGGGUUGAUGGAAUGUGAUGGAAUGAGAAGAGAGAGAGAGAGAGAGAGAGAGAGAGAGAGAGAGAGAGAGAGAGAGUCUGAGCAAAUAGGAAAAGCUCCGAAAUUGGAGAAGAUUCUACUGCAGAUGCAAGAAAACAUUUUGGAUUAG